AUGACCACCCGUCGCCUUGAAGCCACCGUUGUUGCUUUGAAAGAGAAAAUAGAAAAAACAAGAAAUGAAACUCAACAGAAAUUUUUGUCCUUGACGCCUUUGGAAAAGGAACGCGAUACAUUGAAACUCGUAAAGCAGGAAGCAAUCGAUUUCAACGAAGAGCACAUCAAAGAACACGAAACUCGAUUGAAAGCACUCGACCGCGACAUGGUACAAUUCCAAAAGGAUUUUCACCGUCGAAAAAGGAGUGCUGGAUCAUCUUCUGAAUCUGAUGAUUUUCAUGUGCUUCUUGGAGAAAAACGGGAAGAAACCAGGCAGCUUCGUGAGAAGUUUGUAAAGUUGAAAGCAGAAGUGCUUUCUGGAGUUGUACAAGAAAAGGGAGACGCUCCAUCCUGUGAAAUCUGCACUGACGAGUUCAAUGAGGAUGAGAACCUGCCAAAAGCUCUAGGUUGUGGACACACAGUUUGUGCAAAGUGUCUGAAGAAUUUGAAUGAAUACAACGAUCGUAUUGUGAUGUGCCCAUUUUGCCGCAAAAUUUGGCAAAUCAAGAAUUGCCCAACCAAUCUCAUUAUUUUAAACAAAUAA